GAUAAGCCAUUACAGUCCUUUGAUUAUUCCAGCACCAUAGGAUUAUGGUAGUUUAUCAACCACCAUUUGCAGGAACAUACUGAGCUAAUGUUCAAAAGUCUCUUUUUUGUGUGUUACUGGAUCUCAGGUUAAUGUGUAGCUUUUAAAUGUUUAGGCGUGGAAGACAGUUUGUGUAUCUCACCAAUGUCAGAAAUGUGUUAAGAUUAAAUCAGAAUCAGUCUGAUUGAUUGAUUCAGUCCUUGAAUUAUUUGCAGAGAAUAUAUGCACUCCGAUGCAUUUCUUGCAUAGUAUAAUACCUUUGUGUAUUUGAAAAAACACGUAAAUUUAUCCUUAAAUGUUAAAAAGGUUAAAAAACUGAUAAUUAACUUCUAGAUUCUUACAGCAAUUAAAAGGGUUAUGCCUUAAAGUAAUAUAAUAAUUCACUGUUUAACUAAAUGUUAUGUAGUGAUUUUCAUAUAUUUUCCUUGUUGCUGGGCAGAACAAAGAGUUCUCACUUCUGAUUGGUGGUUGGCUUUCCAUUUCCUUGAGCCAAUCAGAAUGCAUGAAUUUGAACAGGGAAAGGAAUCCAUAACAAUGAAGCAAAGCUACCGAUUUAUUUUUCCUGUGCGAAGAUCACACAAACUAAGAGUGUGACUACAGCUGGCUCCCUCUUGGGAUCAAAAUGGAAAGCAAUGAAGAGCGUCAAAAAAAAGUGUUCAAGGCCCGCAAAACUAUGAGAACCAGUGAUCGUCAACAGCUUGACAGUGUGUAUAAAGUGAAGGAUGAGCUUUUGAAAACCACUGACAUUAAGUUGUUAAAUGGGAAACAUGAAAAUGGGGAUUCAGAUCUCAGUUCCUCUUUAUUUAAUUCUGAUUGUUCUGAGGAUAAAGCAGUAAAUGGUAUAGAGGAUUUAGGACUUGACUCUGAAGAAGUAAAAAUGGAUUCUGAAGAAAUUAUUCAUACCAAAAGUCCAGAUAUCAAAGAGAACCAGGCUGAUGACCUGACUGCCAGACUUGAAAUACCCCCCAAACUCCCAACUGUGUGCAUUGGUUCUGAUCAAGUACAUGAGGAUACCAGAACUACUUUAGACACUGUCCCAGAAGUCCAAGUACUUGACUGUGAUAAAGACAAAAAAAUCCAAGAAGAGAUUAAUAUAAAAAAUGAUUUGGACCACAACAACACUUGUGGAAAGGAUGACUUGGACCAGAAAACCAUGUCAAGUGAGCCUGAAGUAAAUUGCAAUGUUAAUGAGUAUGUGGUAGAGCCAGUAGAAACAAAGGAGUUAGCUCCUGCUCCUGAUAUGAUUGUGGAAGAAGAAAUGAAUACUGAAGAAACUAUUCUAAAUGAGAAUAUUGGUGAAGAAGCAAUAUCUAGCAGUUUGGAUACAGAUGGAGACCCAAAAGAUGAAGAGGCCCAUUCUGCAGAGCUUACAGAGGGUAGCAUUCCAAAAGCUGUAGAGGAUGAAGGAGUUGAAAAUAUCUUGGGAAAUGCAGCUACCAUGGAAACUGAUGAAAUUAUUCCUAUUUUGGAAAAGCUUGCCCCAGCAGAUGAGUUGAAUAGUUUCUCCAAGUCCAUCUUGCUUCCAGUGGAACAUUCUAACUUGGAUGCUGAGGAUAAAGUGGAAAACUCAGUCAAUUCUCCAUCCAAACCUGAAAGUACUGAAAGUUUGCCCAAAGAAGCUUUCUUGGUGCUUUCUGAUGAAGAAGAACUCUGUUGUGACAAAGAAGCUGAAGUGAUAACACCAAAUAAUGCAAGCCAUUCAGAAGAUAAAGAGGAAGAAAAAGAAAAAGAACUGAACAAGGUGGAAGAAAAAGAACAAAAUGAGGAAGGAAAACUUUCAGAAAGAAGUGAAUCAUCAAGAAGAAAGCGUUCCAAGUCAGAGGAUAUGGAUAGUGUCCAUUCUAAGCGUUGUCGAAAUACGGGGGAAGAAUAUGAAGCAGAACUUGAAGUAAAAAUUACAACACGAGGAAAUGUACAACAAAAUAUAGAAAAGAUCAUCCAUCGGUUUCUAGAAGAGAAGUUCAGUGUCCUGCAGUGUGCUGUGUUUGAUAAAACUCUAGCAGAUUUGAAAACCAGAGUGGAUAAGGUUGAAUGUAGCAAGAGACAUAAAACAGCGGUUACCGAAUUACAGGCUAAAAUUGCAAGAUUGACAAAAAGGUUUGGAGCAGCCAGAGAAGACUCCAAAAAAAAGCCUGAAAAUCCACAUUCCCCAGAAAAAGCAGUCAGCGAUACAGGUGGCAUCAACAACGCACAGUUUCGAAAUGCUGGCACAGUAAGACAAAUGCUUGAGUCCAAGAGAAAUGUGGGAGAGAGCACAACAACUACAUUUCAGUCUCCUGUAAAUACAGUGUCUGCUACUACUAUUAUUGCACCUCAGACACAAAGCAGUGGACAUACCAAACCACAAACACCGGUCACCUCUGCACCAUUGACAUCUGGCACCUUGACAACAUCUGUUAUUCCUGCACCUAACACAGCAACAGUAGUUGGCACCAACCAGGUGGCUGGUGGCAACACACAGUCAAUGUCUGUUUCUCUGCAGUCCUUGCCGGUAAUAUUGCAUGUACCUGUUGCAAUGUCUUCCCAACCUCAGCUACUGCAAGGCCAUACUGGCACCUUGGUUACAAACCAACAAUCUGGCAGUGUUGAAUUUAUUCCUGUACAAAGCUCAUCUAAUGUUGGUAACCUAACCAAAACUCCAUUGCCUCUGCCGCCGUCUAAUUCAGCAAAACCAAACAACAGUCCUUCUAUAUCCAGCUCUAGUAUUCAAAGGAACUCUCCAGCAAGUGUUGGCUGUUCAAUAGGAACAACUCUUGCAGUACAAGCUGUCCCAACAGCACAUCCUGUUGCACAAGCUACAAGGACUACUUUGGCUACUGUAACUACUUCAGGAAUCUAUACUCCUCCCACCAGUAGGAGUAACAUACAAAUGAAAAUCCCUUUGUCAGCCUUCAACCAUUCUGUUCCUUCAGAAACAAUCACAGCAGCUACACCUAGAAUUGAGAAUCAAGCACCCAGAUUGCUGCCACAUCCACCACCACCACCUCCUCCUCCUCCUCCAACAGAGACUUCGUCCAACAAGAAAGCUUCUGAGGUUGCAUCACAGAGUGGUAAGACCCCAGGAGGAGGUGUAAUUGAUCUGACACUGGACGAAGAAGAUGCUGCCUCAUCUCGGGAUGGAAAGAAACAGAACCAGCCUAAUGUUUCUGGAAUGAGCCUGUUAGCCCAGUCUGCAGCUCGUCCCCUACAACCAGUACAGACAAACCCUCCCCAACAAGCAAGUGCACCAACAAAUGGCCUACCACAGACCACCAUACAUGUUUUACCUACAGCCCAGACAACUAUGAAUGUAACCCAUCGUCCAGUGACCCAGACUGCUCCCAGGCUCCCAAUACCAAGGAACCCUGGUAACCAUCAAGUAGUCUAUACUGCUGUUCCUGCACCACCAGGGCAGAAUCCUGUGCGAACCCCUGUUAUGCAAAGCCCUAGUUUAAGACAGGUCAACCCACAAAAUUCAGGUAUGACGGUUCGAGUACCUCAGACAACAGCGUAUGUCGUGAACAAUGGGCUAACCUUAGGAUCUGGAGGGCCCCAGCUCACUGUACAUCAUCGGCCACCUCAAGUGCAUUCAGAGCCAUUGCGGCCUGUGCACCCAGCCCCGCUGCCAGAGGCCCCACAGCCACCGCGCUUGCCUCCUGAAGCUGCCAACACCUCUCUGCCUCAGAAGCCACACUUGAAGUUGGCACGUGUCCAAAGUCAGAAUGGCAUCGUACUUUCCUGGAGUGUUUUAGAAGUGGACCGAAGCUGUGCCAGUGUGGACAGCUAUCACCUGUAUGCAUACCAUGAGGACCCCAGUGCCACUGUGCCUUCUCAGUGGAAAAAGAUUGGGGAAGUAAAGGCCCUCCCGUUGCCGAUGGCAUGCACACUGACACAGUUUGUGUCUGGUAGCAAAUACUAUUUUGCGGUGCGUGCUAAGGAUGUCUUUGGGCGCUUUGGACCCUUCUGUGACCCUCAAUCAACAGAUGUCAUUGCUUCCCAGAGCAGUUAAACUUGAGACUUUGAAGGCUUCCAUUCUUGCCCCUCACCCGUGGCUUACUCUGGUUUUGGGUUUAUUCUCAUGCAUGAAACAUACUGUAAAAAUACCAUCUUGCAGGAUUAUUUUGGAGAGCUAUGUCAUACACUACAGAACUUAUAUAUCCAAAACCAAAAUAAAUUCCUAGCCUGCAGUUUGGAGAGCCUGUAUUUCUGGUGAAAUCUUGAAGUACAAAAUCUUUUCUCCUUCCCACACAAGCUACUCUACAUGCAAAGUAGAGAUCUGAUGUUUAUCAAUGAAUUAAUCAAGAAUAUCAAGCUGUGAUACAAAUGCAAAGAACGUGUUCUGUUGUUAGAUUAAGAUGGUAAGCCAGGAUUCAGGGUCUUUGCUGUCUUUUGUUCAGGAACAGUAACCAGUCUUACUUUACAAGGCAUCAUCUACUUUCUAGAGGGGAAAGGACCUUCUGUGUGGCCAGUUCUUGAAGAAUGUGUAUGCAUCUGCUUAUUUGAGCAGAACUGAGGAAGAGUGAACAAUACUAUAGUUAGCUCACUGCUCACCACCAUAGCCAGGGGCAUUCUGAAGUUAGACCAAAAAAAGGUUUGUAGAAAACUUCAUUUGGAUUUCUAGAAAUCUCCUGACUCUCCUCUUAAGGUCCUUCUCUUUUGUUAAACAAACAUUUAAUUUGUGCCUUAAAAAAUAAGUUUGAAAAUAAAUGCAUCCACACUUUGUGCAUUCCUCCUACUUCUGCCCUCUUUCCUUCUCUUUCUCUCUCUCUCUCUCUAUUUUUUUUUGCUAACCCAGAAUGUCAUUAUCUCUCCUUGUAGAGUUUGAAGACACAUAACACCCAGCUUUCUUGGGUUAAUUCCCAGCUCAUUCCAAUCAAUAUUUAAGUUCAUUGUUCUGAAUAAUCUGUAAAAGUAGGCUACAGUUGACAGCUUUUGGCUUGGAUCAUGUUCUUUCUAGAGGCUUUGAUUUACUAUAGACCAGUAGCAUCAAAAAUCUCUUUCUUCUCACUUACACCCAAAUACUUGAGGUGCUGUGGAAGGCCAAUUUGACAAAACUCUUAAUGAAAGCAAUCAGAUAAACUUCUGAUUUAAUAUUUACUCCUUUCAGUAGUGAAGGCAAUAGAAUAUUGCCUCUGCCUAGUUUCAUCAAUCACAGCAGGAGAUAGUCUCACAACAAACACCUUUGAACUUUGAACAGUCUUCCAGAGGAAAGUUUGGCACAUCUAUUGUCUUCCUGACUUAUCAGCUCCAAUGGCUGGGGAGGCAUGGCAGCUCUUCUCAACUGACUUGAAACUGAAAUGGAAGGUUCAAAUGGGAAUACACUGAUGCUUGUUGAUAUUGUGUAUUUUGGGAAAACAAGGCUUACUUCUGUUUCUGUGAGAAUAUACACUGAGUAAAACUCCUUGCAUUUUGCUACAUGGUACAUCUUGUGUCCUUGUCUGCAUUGGAUUCCAUUUGAGUGACAUGAAACUUACCUUCCUAAGAAUCUUUAACUUGUCUGCCUCAUGUCUCUAGUUGAGUGAGAGAGAUUUGAACUGGCUACAUUAUGUGCUUGUUCUUUGUGAGGAUUUUUUUCGAUUUCAAGCAAUAGACAGGAGACAUUGCAGUGGUUUGCCUCUUUCUGAAUAAAGACACUUUUUUGCAGUCCAGUAUGUAAGCAACCAAUGAAAUAUAUACAAUGACCACUGUUAAGAUCAAUUUUUCCUUGGUUUGGGAAAACUUUGUUUACCAGAACUAAUUUUUAAAAUUACAAUACUAAAAUAAAAAAACCCUAGCAUUAGAAGCACAUGAAACAUUUAUUAAUGAAUUGGUUUUGAGUUGGGUUUGGGGACAUUUAAAAAGGGCAUUCCACUCUGCUGUUGACUGCAGCAAUAUCUGUUAUAUGUAUCGAGAGAUGUAGUUCUAUUGUCUGCUUUGGAAGAAAAUGUUUAUUCCUCAUAUAUUUUAUUGCACUCGGAAAAUAAAGUCAACCCUGAAUGGAGUUAGAAAGGAAAAUGGUUUUUAAAAGCUGCAUUAUAACACAUUUUGUAGUGCGGUACAUAGGACAAUUAAAACAAAAAGUGAAACCAAGAAUUUUCCAUGACACUGAAAUAAAUUAUAUUUGCUAAAUAUGUCUAGAAAAAAAGUAAAUUUGGGAAAUUUGCAUCUAUAUGUUUAGUAUUUUACCUGAGUGAAAGCAAGCAGGUAUUGACAGUUGAGGCUUCAUUGUUGUUUAUUGGUUCUUAUGACUCCAGAUCCAGACAGCAUUCUUUUUUGAAUCAAACAAAUGUGGGACAGGUGCAACUACAUUUAAAAAAAAUUAAAUAAGGACAUAGUUUUGUCUUCAGAUUUCAAAACUAAAGAAGGAAAUACACAUUCUGGAAGAGAAUCGGAGAAUUCACACUUUUGCCACCUGACAGCCUUGUAUUUGGUGCCAUAUUUCUUAAUUUUUUGCCCCAAAGCAGGUCAGAGGUCACCUGGCUAAUUAUCUGCUUAUGGCAGAUACUUGAAAAUAGUAUUUUCUUUCUUUCUAUACGUAUUAUAAACUAAACUGGCAUUCAUAAUACUGAACUAGAGACAGAUUGGAUUAUUACUAGUCUGUACUCAUUAAAAAUCAUACAUCCUACUCAGCACUUUGAAUAUAUUAUUGAUUAGCAAGGAACUACUUACUAUUUAAAACAUCUUGAGAAAGGGUUUAAGAAGAGAUUUCAGUGUCUGCAAUGUACUGUACCAGUAUUUGUUUUUUUCCACCAUACUAUGCUUUUGCUGUAGUAUAUGGUUGGCACAUGCUUGAAAAAUCUGUUUUCUACCGUUGUCGGGCUGCUUUCACAUCCAAGAUAAAAAUUGUUCUUUUAACCCAAAUUACAUUGUUGUUUUGCUCUUUGUAUUUAAUAUGUUAGAUUCCACCUUCUAGUUCAAAAGAAUUUCUAUUUAAGAGGAAAAAAUAAAUGGGAAAUGUUCUCUAUUCUAAAGUAGAAUGUGGCAGGACAGUUGCUGGUUCACUUAAAUUUGCUUGUAGUUUCUGAUCCUUAAGGUAUAGCUCAGAAAUCCUGUAUUGGAAACUCCAAAUUUAAGGAAAGUUGUAUGUCAUAUUGUAUCUCAAGAACUGUUGAAGCAUCAGGCUUAUUUAAGGUUGAAUAUUCAAGCAUUUUGUUAGAGCUAUAAUUUGCAAAGAAUUCAAAGAAAAAUUUAGCACAACUGUUGGCUUUGGGAGCAUGAGGAAGGACUGUGAGAUUACAACUUUUGUAGUGAAAGCAUUUACUCUGGCUCGCUCUUUCAUACAUAGCGUUUUGUCUUAAGAGAAUCAGUGUUCCAGUAUGUCAUUAGCUUUAGACCUGGGUCUCAGAGUAGCCACAUUAACAAUAUUAGAACUACAACUGCAAUACAUAAUGAAGCUCGAAAAUGACCCCUUAAAAUGCCUUUAUUAUUCUGAGUCAGUUGCAAAAGUACACAGGUUUUGUAAAUGACAACUUGAUACUUUAAAAAUACUUCUUUUUUCCAUUUGGGGUGUCUGAAAACUGGGUACUAAAGUUUUGGCAACACAAAGAAGGUUCUUGUUAGGAAGAAAAAAUUGUACAUGUAGGCAAAUAUAUAAUGUGUUUGAUCAAUAUUUGACAACACACUGAUAGAUUUCUUACCGAACUGUGCUGGCAUUUUCCUGUUUGAAAAUAUAUUUUAAAUGCUGUCUGUCCUGGAAGUUUUAUUUGUAAAUAAAGUGAUCAGGCAGCCAUAUCGUAGGCUGCUUGCUGAACUUGUUAACUUAUCAGCCAAUAGAAAACGCAUACAAAACCCUUUCUAUAAACUUGCACUCUUUUUUUUCUUUCUUCUCCAGAUGUGAACAUGUAAAUAAAUAUAAGGUGUGACAUACCAAGAAGUCCGGUUUAAACAAGGCAAUGACCAGUUCUCCUAACUUUUGUAUGCAUUGUAGAUUAGUGUCUGUAUACGUGUUAACUGUAGUGGAUUUUUGUCUGACAAGCCUGAGAUUUAUACUUUGAAAUAAACUACUGGGUUUUUAA